AAACACGUUUCUUUUUCCGUGUCUAUGUAGAUAAACGUGUGUGUCUGUUUGUCCACUCGUACGACGCACGCGUGCCUGACCGACCGGUACCGAAGCGCAAGGAGGGGCGUGUUCGAUAUUUGUGUGUGUAAAACCAGCGCAUGCGCUUGACGAGACCCUGGACGCGCACGGGGAACGUCAGACCGCAGCGGCUGCAGAUUUUUCCCUUCAGCCGUGGGGGAGAGAGAGAGAGAAAGAGGCGGCAGGAGGAGGAGAGGACAGCAGGGAGAGAUGGGAGUGCUGUAAUCCCGGGGGGAGGAGGGAUGGACGGACGGACCGACUCAAUGCACAGAAGCGCGGAGAUUCACACUUGACACCAAAACACCGCCAUCGUCACAAUAAUCGGAAGCGAUGUCUGAGCGCGCGUGAAUCACGGGCGCGCGUCAAUCUGAAGUGAUGAGACAGAAGCGCGCGGCUGGAUCCGUCUGUCAGCUUGUAUAAUGGAGAGCUCCAAUGGCUCCGACACCAAACCGCAGAGCCAUCAUCCUCAGGUGGAGAAGAAGAGGUUAAACCGCGCGCCGUCCCCUGCCAGACCCGUCCUCAAGGAUGUCCACUCGCGGACGGCCAAACCGAUCGUGCCAAAAUCGCCCAAAUUCAACAAGCAGCAAGCGCCGGUGACGCCUCAGAGCCGCGUCCCGAGACGCACCGUCCCGGGCGCGAAGGACAAAACCGCAUCAGCACCUGCAAAAAGCAACACCAAGCCCGCCUCAGCGACAAAAAAGCCCGUUAAGGUCACUCAGCAUGCAGCAUCCGAACCCAAACCGGCCGGUAAGGCUGCGGAGUCCGCCGCUCCGCAGAUCACCAAGAGCAAGGGGAGACCUGCCCCCAUACGCGUGCCCACCGGACGCGGCGUCUGUCAGACCGACAGCAGCUCGGAUUUGUCUGACUGUCCUUCCGAGCCGCUGUCCGACGAGCAGAGGCUGGUCCAGGCCGCCAGCAGCGACGCGGAGUCGGGCAGCGGCUCGGGUUCGAGUGAGCAGGCGGCUGCAGGAUCACGGACUGCACCUGCUCCUGCUCCCGUUGCGCGCGCGGACAAACGCAAAGAUAAUAAAGACGCACAGUUUAAACCCGACGGCAAGGAGAUGGAGACGGAGAUGGCCCAGGACGAGCUGCUAAGGGAGAUCGAAGACCUGCGAUCGGAAAAUGACUACCUCAAGGAUGAAGUGGAUGAGCUGCGAGCAGAGAUGGAGGAGAUCCGGGACAGUUACCUGGAAGAGGAGGUGUACCAGCUGCAAGAUCUGCGCCGGGAACUGGACCGCUCCAACAAAAACUGCCGGAUCCUCCAGUACCGCCUGCGCAAGGCUGAACAGAAGAGCCUGCGUGUAGCACAGACCGGACAUGUGGACGGAGAGCUUCUGCGCGGCCUGGAGCAGGACCUCAAGGUGGCCAAAGAUGUAUCGGUGCGUCUGCACAAUGAACUAGAAACGGUGGAAGACAAGCGAACGCGGGCGGAAGAUGAAAACGAGCUGCUCAGGCAAAAGAUCAUCGAAAUCGAGAUCUCCAAACAGGCCCUGCAUAAUGAGCUGGAGAGAGCCAAAGAGACUGCUCUGCGGAGGCGAGGCAGUAGAGAAGCCUUCAAAGAUAAGAAGCCUUUAUCUCAGGAGGACAGUGCAGAUCUGCGCUGUCAGCUACAGUUUGCCAAGGAGGAAUCGACUCUCAUGCGUAAAAAGAUGGCCAAACUUGGCCGCGAGAAGGAUGAACUGGAACAAGAAUUGCAGAAGUAUAAAUCAGUGUACGGCGACGUGGACAGCCCUUUGCCUUUAGCGGAGGUGACCGGCGGAGGCCCACACACCACACGCGAAGCUGAGCUACGACUACGACUUAAACUAGUAGAAGAAGAAGCAAACAUCCUGGGGAGGAAGAUUGUGGAGCUGGAAGUUGAAAACCGCGGUCUCAGAGCGGAAAAUGAAGACUUGCGUAGUCAAUAUGAAAGGGAUUGCUUUGGCCGUGAACCCUUCUCCAGCGUCCCUACCUCACCGUUUGGCGGCGAUGCGCUUGAGUCUGCGAGUGAACUGCGCAGACAUUUGCAGUUUGUGGAGGAAGAAGCUGAGCUCCUGCGGCGCUCCAUUUCUGAAAUCGAAGAUCACAACAAACAGCUAACAUCCGAGCUCAACCGCUUCAAAUUCGGUCCCAAUCAAUCCGAGCGGGAAUCCGAAGGAGCUGAAGGAGGACUCAAAAUUGUGAAUACCGCAGGUAAUGGUUUUUCAAGCAGCACACUUCAGGAUGAACUAAAAAACGCAAGACUCCAAGUCAACGAGUUAAGCGGGAAAGUAAUGAAGCUUCAAUAUGAGAAUCGGGUGCUAAUCUCUAAUAUGCAGCGCUGUGAUUUGGCCGCACACUUGGGAAUGCGUACUGGUAGUCCACGGGAUAGUGAUGUAGACAGCGACGCUGGCCGAAGGGAACCAGAUGAAGAUGAAACAGCAAGGAUAUUGCUGCUCCAUCCCAAACGUGAAGGUCCUGUUGGCGGAGAGAGCGAUUCUGAUGAUUUAUUUGAACGUACGGCUACUUCAGGAUUCGCCAGUGGUGAAAAACCUUCAGAUUCUGGCGAACUGGGAGUAAUCGAAUUAGCUCAGCGUAGACGGGAAGACCGGGAAGCGUUUAAUAAUAUCAGAAGGGAAGCUGAGAGGCUCGGGAAAACAGUAGAGCGGCUCAUAACGGAUACGGAUAGUCUUAUCCGGGAAGGUCGACUGGUUGUUUUGGGAGGAGAUCUUCUUGCGGAGGGUGUGGAAUUUAGAGGCGACGGAGACUCAGCUGAAUCUAAACAAGACUCUCAGGUGCUGGACUCCAUUAAUGCACGCAUGAGGACUUUCCGAACCGAUCUCCAGCAAUUCAUGGAUAAAGUGGAGCAUCUAGGGGAUGGUUUACGGGAUCGGGUUGAUGAUCUUUCCCCGAUGCCUAACCUCACAGAAUCUAGCAGCUUCCUUUCUACGGUUACCUCCAUGUCCAGGGAUUCGCCAAUCGGGACACUGGGAAGGGAUCUAGUGACGGACUUCCAGUCCGGGCGCAGGGAGGAGCAGGAGAGCUGUGUAGACCGGCCCAGAGGAGCCGCGGGACUCUCUAGAUACACCAGACCACACACUUUCAGAUCCGAGUUUCGCGACCCUGUCCUGCCUGAGCUGGGAACGCCAACCCGAGAGAUACAGCUCCGUCUGGACCACGAGCGGAGAUUGAGAGCUGGAGCAGAGGACAGAGAAGGCUUUACUUCAUCUAUCACUCAGGAGGAGGAGAGGAGGCGUGCAGAGCUCCGAAGAGGACUCGAGCUGCAAGGGCUUCAGUCUCAUGAGCCAACAUGGCCACAGGAAAGAGGCCUGCUGCAACAGGAAGUGAGGUUGUUCCGCCACAACAUGGUGAUUGUGUACAUGAAGCUGCGCUGGAUCCUCAUGCACUGGAGACUCGGACGCAGGACGGACACCAUGGAGGAGGGAGCACAUGCUGAGUAUGAACGACUGGAGAAUAUUCCAGAACUGGGCAUUAUGAUCGAUCAGGGUGACGGAGACACGGAGCGGGAAGACAAAGUGCAUCCUCAAAUAACAGGAAGUGACAUUGCAGAGCCAGGACCACUUCUGCUGCCAUCGCCGGAGAGAUUCCAGUACCAGAAACAGGCGUGUGACAGUCGGCGUGUUCUGCAUGCGCUACGGUCUCUGCUGGAGGAGUUCAGGGCGGAGCUUCGGGAGGAGGCGGGGCGGCGCUGGCAGCUGCAGCAGGCGUUAGCCAAUGAGAGAGCGGCAUGGGAAAUACAGCGCGCUGAAAUGAGGAGUCACAUCAACACGCUGCAGGAUGCCAGAGGGGUUUCUACAGAUGCAGAUGAAGGUGCAGUUUCUACAGAUGUUUUACAGCUGGAGCGGGAAGAGCAGCGCCGCCUUCUGGCCGACAGUCACAGCACGGCACUGGAACUGCGCUGGAAACUGCAGCACGGAGAAAAGCGCUGGACUCGAGAGCGCAACGAACUUCUGGAGCGAUUUGAGAAAGAGCGGCAGGAAUGGGACCGCAGCUUACGGGACAUGCACCGCAAGAUGGAAAAGAUGCAGAAAGAUGCUCUUCAGUCAGAUGAGGGCGCAGCACAUGUCUUCUCCCCUCAGGAAAGCCCUUGUAAGGCUCCCAGAUCUCCACGUUCCCCCUGCAUUGCAGCACACACUCGCUCACACUCCGACUCCGAGGCCACACUGGAGGAGAAGGGAGCAGUAGGAAGACCCAGGCCCUGUGAGGGACCCCGGCCCCCAGAGAGCCUGUUUCUGGAUGCCCUCUCCCUGGACCCCCUGAGCGAAGCUGAGGUUCCCCCUCCAUCACGUCUGGAGAGUGAAAAAAGGUUCCCCCACCUGAAGGAAGUAAGAGACCGAGCACUGAAUGAGAUUUCUGAGAUUGCGGAUCCUGCCAUUUACCCUGAAGAAGAGAAAAGUAGUGGCAGCUUACUCAGGGCAAAGUCAGUCUGCUCCAUGAGCGACUUCCAACGUUUAAUGGACAGCUCUCCCUUUCUACCAGACAAAAGUAAGACUGGUGAGCAUGGGCGGGAUGAUGUGACCCCUCCUCUUUCUCCAGACGACCUCAAGUACAUUGAGGAGUUUAAUAGUAAGGGUUGGGAUCUGCCCACCAGCUCUCUAGCCACUUGCCCCAUUCCUGGCCCAGUAAUCCCCUCUCCGGUGAUGGAGGCCUGGGCGGAGAGAGCAGAAUCCCGAAGGGCAGAUUCUACUUCAGAAGCAUUCCAGCAAGCCUCUUGGUUCUUGACCACCAGCGCUACCUUGACCACCAACACCAUGAGUAGCCCUGAGUACUGCCAAAAGGUCCAACUCAGGGCAGCUCAGGGCAGUGACCAGUUUGGGGUGCAUGUUCUUCACAGUCCGUCUCGAGGGGAACGAUCCGCUCCGAGUCCUUCUGAGCAGGAAUACAUGUUCUCCAAAGUGACCAAAGUGAAGGCAGGGGAAGUAGUAGGGGGUGCAGAAGAAGUAUUUGGAGGAAAAUGGCCGUGUGAGGUUGGGAGUCAUUUGGAGGCAGGACUUAGGCCUGGUGAGCGUCCAUCAAUUUGUGCUGCAGUCGGCUAUACCUCAUCACUAGAGCUGGAGCUGUCACGCAAUCUGAGCGAUGAUAUGAAGGAGAAGGCAUAUUCCGCCCGCAAUGCAAUCCGAUCAUCUACUACCACUGGAUCCAGCCCUCCGGAAAGGCAGCUACGGGACAUGGCAUGCCAGACGAAUGGUCUGACCUCACGAGGAACACAGACCACUCAGACUAUCAGUGUGGGACUGCAAACUGAGGCUCUUCGCACCCUCACGAGCAGCCCGCAUCGCUGUCUUACCCCCAAAGGAGGAGGCUCUACUCCCAUCUCAUCCCCUUCACGUAGCCUAAGAAAGAUGCAGUACUCUCCAGUCGUCCAAGCCAAGUUUGAACGGCCAUGCUGUUCUCCAAAAUACGGCUCACCCAAGCUUCAAAGGAAACCUUCUAAUGCUAGUAAAACAGAACAGCCUGUCAGCCAAACCCGUGCUCCCACCCCAACAACUCCUGUCCAGCAGCAAAAAGGCAAUAACGAAUCCGCUUGGGCUCGUUCUACGACCACCAGAGAUAGCCCCGUUCACACCACCAUCAACGACGGCCUCUCCAGCCUCUUCAACAUCAUCGACCACACGCCCAUCGCCUACGACCCCAUGCAGAAGUUCAACAAAUCCCCAAGCCGCUCUCGUCCUACCGAAUCAGGGCCAACCGAGCCCAAAUCUCCCAGUGUUAGUGCUGCACAGGGGCCUUUGAGGAACUCUCGGGGCCGGUCCCCAAGCCCUGUGCAGCUGAUUGUAGAGACGCAGGGCGAGAAAACUCCAGAGGUGAUUAGCAUCAGACAGGACCUGUCUGCUCCUCCGGGCUACACGUUAGCAGAGAACGCAGCACGGAUAUUGAAUAAGAAACUACUGGAGCAGAGCUUCAGGGAGGAAAGGAGGCUUUCUGCUUCAUCCGCAGCUGUCCCGAACAGAACCGGAGACUCAGAGAAACCCGGAUGUCUUGAGGAUCUGCCACGUUCUCCUGUGGCUCCGCCUCUGGACUCCUGCUUUCUGCGUCCGGCUCGUCCUGCCAAUCGGCGUCCUCCGUCCCGCUGGGCGUCUCACUCCCCCUCAUCCUCACCCAAAUACAGCGAGCGCUCAGAGCGGUUCCUCUUCCCUUCGCCCGUCCGACCCAUUCACACCAUCCCAGAGACUGAGGAGCCAAGCCUGGAGACCCGCCUGCAACCCUGACCAGCCUAAACCACAAACACACAUGCUUCUGUUAGCAACACCUCCACUAUUUCCUCACAGGUGACCAUAUUCAGCCCAUUCAGCUGCCAUGAUAAUUCUAGACUGAGGUGUUCACUUCCAUUCAAACAACUAUAUACAAAAUA